UUUAUUAAAGUGCUUCAGUUGGUAACACACGAAUGAUUUACGUGUGUUUAACGUUAAGUUAACAAUUCAAGAUAACAUGAUAACUUUGUCUUGUAACUAAGUUGUACAAACUUCACUUGUGUCUUCACUGUGUGUUGAAGUAUCUUUUUUAGUUGGUAAGCAGAUAGAUAGAUGGGGUUGUAUGUCAAGAUAAAAUAAUUUCCUCAUCAUUUGUUUCCAAUCUAGAACUUAAUGUGUAAAAUAAGCCAAUACUUUGUUGCCUGUGUAAGGGAUAUUUGCUUUUGCCGACAGCAUUCUAGACACAUGAAACCAAACCAAGGGGGACAUAACAGUUACAGAAAUUAAUAUUUUAAAAAAGGGGUGGCGUAGUAAAAAGAAAAUAGCUUGUCGUCAGAUGCUUGUGCCUGAAAUGCAGCACCUUUGUGUCUAUACCAUUGAUCAUGACCUGUGAUGGCAGGUGAUUAUUAUCAAAAAAGGAUUAAUCAUGUCCUUCAUUUUAUUUGUUUCACCCUGUUGCAAAUUUCAUUUUAAAUUUAAUCAAAGCAUGUUAUACAAUCAUUAAUAUAUGUGGACUUGGUUUUGAGAUACAAAUUAAAUGCAAUGUUAGAUGUUUUGAGUGAAAUAUAGAUGAAUCAAAAUAAAAUUUGAUAACACCCUCUCAGUUGCAGAGGCUGAUGUAAAGUCAAUGGCUUUAGACGAGAGUAACAGUUUGUUAGAAUGGGUCGACUCCCUCUCCACAAUGUCAUGAGAUUAAUCAGCAGCCUCCCAGAGAAGCUAAUAAAGUCCCUCUGAAGCCAGGGUGUGAAUGAGUCGGUGAAUCACUCUCCUGUGACUCCUCGUCCUCACAACAACACGGACAUGCUCAACGGUUACAAUCACCCAUUUACAUUAUCAAUCAAAUCACACGUUCAUCUGUUGAUCAUCUCCCUGGGAGCCUUAAGUCUGUGACACUGUUAUGUUACAUAAUACCGUGUAUAAAUUAUUCAUGUAUUAUUUUCAGGGAAAACUUAGUUCUAUUCAACAACCACGUUCAAUCCAGCACCUUACUGUAACUAAGUAUCAGAAAAUGACACGUUUUCAAUACAGUUACCAGUGUAUUUGUUGUUUAUAUGAUUCACUUGUGUGAACUCAGGGGCUUCGCAACAGGUUUAGGCAAAGCAGGCAAUGGCCUGUAGCCCCUGAGGUGAGGAGGGGGCCCCCCAAGAACAGCUGAUUACAUCAGUCUCUACACAGCAACGACAACUUUGGGGGAACAUGCUUAAAUUUUUAUUAUCGGCUAUGGUCAGAAACUUUCACACUAGGCCCCCGAUUAGGGCUCCCUUAUAUCUGGGGCCCUUUAACGAAAGUCCCUUGAAAUCACAUUUCUUUUAUAUAUGCAAUAAGAGAUGUUUUAAUUGUUAUGAUUCUAUUGUUAAUAUAAAUGAUAUGGAUGUGUAUUAUUAAUGUAUCUUCUAUUAUUCAAUUUAUCAUCCCAGGAUGAGUUGCCCACUGUUGCAAUAAAAGUCCAUAAUCUAAAUAAAUGUAAACCCCAAAACUCUGACUUGCUCUGAUGUACAGUGAGUUACAGAAUCUAUCUUCGCAUGAUGAGAGAAUGAUGGAAACAUGAUUUAAGAGGAAACAAUCAAAGAUAUGAUCAAACCCGACAACAGGACAGAUGUUUACAUGGAACUAUCUGUAAUGUUGGACUCCCUUAAACGACACGCCCCUUCCCGCUUUUAGCGUCCUAUAACGCAGCACGUGGCCCGGAUGGGGCGUGGCUUGGGGGAUUUCGCGCGAAACUUCUUUUCUUCUUCCUGUGGAAGUGUGAACAUUUCCGGCGAGCGAUUGUUGACGGACGGCAUUUAUACCCGGACCCACUCGGUGUUGUGAGAGAACCACUGAAGUGUUUCACUUCUUCUCUUUUGACUUAUCAUUCUGCGGCUCCCGGGGCCCAGUAAGCGGCAGCAGCAUGUCUCAGGCUCGGGUCACCGACUUCUUCUCCCAGCGGAAGAAAGGCAUCGCCGGCCCGGUGAAAGCAGCCAAGCCGCGCGGCGCACGGACGAGAUCCGCGAGAAGCAAAGACGCGUUCCUUCGCUCGUCCUCCGUCCACGAAGAGUUCCUCCGGGUCAUCGACGAGGCGGCGGGCUGCCCGCACGACGGGGGCGACGACGGCAACGCCGCCGCGACGGAGACCCCCUCCAGCCCCCGGACACCGAAGCGGACGUCGGCCGACGCGGAGUUCGACCUCGGGGCCGCGGUGUUUUCGGCCACCGCCGACCACAGCACGGCCAAGAAGAGGCGGCAGGCGGAGGCUGCUGCCGCCGCCGCGGUCCCGGAGAGGACCCAGAGGAGGACGGCGGCUCGGAAGAAACUGGACCUGCCCCAGGCUGCAGCCGGGCCCCUGACCCCUGAGGUGACCCAGACGCCCUCAGCCGCAGCAGCAGCUCCCGUACCAGAGCCGAGUGCUGAGGUCCAGGCCGUCAGCAGCAAGAAGACCGUGGGACAGACCGGCAAGACUCUGUGUAAAGACGACAUCGCCGCCCUCAAGUCGCGCCUCCAGAGGAUCAAGAAACACGCAGAGGGAAUAACCAGAACGGCUUCGGUUUCCACGCCGUCGUCAUCGUCGCCGCCGCCAUCUCCGGCAACUGUCAACACUAACCCCUCCGUCACAAAAACCUCUGCGCCCCCCACCUCGGACGCCAAGUCGCUCAAGCUCACUGUGGCACGAGCCAAACAGCUUGCAGCUAAAGCCCAGAGAAGAAUCGAGGAGAAAGCGGCCGAGGAGAGCAGGGAGAGUGAGACGCGAACCCAGGACAGUGCCGAGUUGCCAGCGUACCAGCGGUACCACACCCUCGCCCAGGCGGCCCCCCCAGGUCUUUCUCUGCCCUACCAAUACAAGUUGCUGGCGGAGAUGUUCCGGAGCAUGGACACGGUGGUCGCCAUGCUGCACAACCGCUGCGAGACGGUGACCUUUGCCAAGGUCAAACAGGGAGUUCAGGACAUGAUGCACAGGCGGUUCGAGGAGAACCACGUGAGUCAGAUAAAGACGGUUUUUCCCGAGGCCUAUAGGUUCAGACAGGAGAAGAACGUCCCGACCUUCAACAGCAGCAUUAGGAAGGGCAGCUACCAGCUCACAGUGGAGCCCGUCAUCCUCUCUGACCAAAAUGAAGCCCGUCCCGUCCUGUCGGCCUCUCGUCUCCUCGAGAGAAGACACAUUUUCCACUGGAACCUGGUCGACAUUGUCAAACAACAUCACAAGGAGUUCCUGUCUGCGCUGGUUCCCCCGGUCUCCGUCCCAGAAGACAAACUGACCCGCUGGCACCCUCGCUUCAACGUGGACACCGUCCCUGCCCCCCAAACCAGCUCGCUGCCUCAGCCCCCGCACACGGAGAAACUGUCCACAGCUCAGGAGGUGCUGGACAAGGCGCGCUCGCUCAUCACUCCCAAGAUGGAGAAGGCUCUGGUUUCUCUCACGCUGAAGACAGAGGAGAAAGCUGCAGAGAGUAAAGAGCCAACACCUGCACAGAAUCCAGCAGACCCACAGACGCCGGCUCCAUCGGCUCCAGCUGCCCUGAAAGGAGUGUCUCAGUCCCUGCUGGACAGGAUUCGGGCAAAAGAGGCCCAGAAACUCCAAGCGACCAUGACCCGAAACCCUUCCCAGGAGGAGCGUCUGCUGAUGAUGUCGCGGCUCGGGGAGCUGGCGAGGAUUCUGCGGACGGUUUUCGUCUCGGAGAAGAAGCCGGCGUUGAUCAUGGAAGCAGCCUGUAACAGGAUGGUGGCCAGCUACAGAUCUGCUCUAAGCACAGGUGACAUGGAGAAGCAUCUCCGUCUGCUGGCGGAUGUGGCCUCUGAUUGGCUGACCAUCCAUCCGAUCAGGAAGGACUUCUACCUGAAGUUGAACAGGAACAUGGAGCUCAGCGUAGUUCUGGACAAACUGAGCAGGAGACUGAAAGAAGAGGGGAGACUCUGAGAGACACUUCAGCGGACUGAAGUGACUUGACUGACGACGGGCGGCUGUGAUGAACUGGUCACUGUCCUCCUGUCGUCGCCGUGUGAGCGGCCCGAACACUGAGGGCGAACUGCUUUUCAAGCAUUUCACUGGAUUUGUAGCAGCCGGUGUGAUUGACCUGUUCAACACAGUGUGUUCUGUGGUGUUCCCUGUGCUUUAGGCUGUUGACACUAAUCUAGCUUCACAAUGCCAGAGCCACACUGGACCCGACUCGGUCUUCGUAUAUUCCCUCUAUGCUCCUGUGUUGUAAACAGGUCGUUUUAAACCAUACUUCAUUUUGCUUUUGAUUUUUUGUUUUUUCAUUAUGAAAGAAUAUCAGUGAGAAACCAAUCGUCCUCCAGUCUUUGUUGGGACCAGUUUUUCUAAAGUGAAGAACCUAUUGUUUACAUUUUUAAGUCACUUGUUUGAUCAUGUUUUAAGAAAUACAAAAGUUUGUCAAAGUUG